AUGUCAUCUAUAACAACAUCUUAUGUGAAAUUGGCCGUUGCCGGUAACAACGAAAACGGCCAAAAUUCGCAUAUCGACGGGCAAGAGAAACUGCUUGUCCAGUGCUUCAAAGAACACCGAAUAGAAGCGACGAUCGACGGGGAACGGCUGAAAGUUAGCGGGGAGUGUGAGGACCCGUUCUUUGAGACGACGUUUCAGAUCAAGUCCGGCAGCUAUGGAUUCACUGCCGAAUUCCUUAACGUUAUCUCACAAUUGACGUUUCAAAUGAAACAAAAGUUUGGCGGUCAAUCUGGAACUGUCAUACUACACCAUCCGGCACUUUUCGAUGAGCGUUUACACCAAUCCCACCGAAAUGUGCCUACAGAGAGCGUUCUUUUUGGAAACUUCUGGAACAAUGAGUUCUACGAUCAUUGGAAUAUUUGUUUCAACAAUCCGGCACCUAGAAGACCCCGAAACCAUCUCACAAUCCAUACCCAUUUCCAUUUCGACAGCCAGUCACCGGUGACCGUGGAGAUUACAGUAAAAGAGGCGGGGCAACAAGUGAAAUAUCGGAUAUCGAUUGAAGGGGAUUCGAUUCGACAACUUAUUGUAGAUCAAAAUGUAGAUCAAAACUAUGAUAGAUCAAAAAAACGCAUCUAUUUUGUGUUGAAGACACCGGUGACCAUCAAGAGGCUAGCGAUGGAUAAGAAAACCUACCCCGAGAGAGUGCUAGAAUUGCCAUCCGUCUCCUCUGAAAAAGUGUUGACUGAAAAUCGAGUGUUCUGCUUGCAAUUCGCCAACAACACUUUUGCUCUACACCAAUUGCAUACGAUACUCUCCAGGCUUCGCUGUAGAUGGGCGGUUCCUAUCGAGUUCGGACGGUUUUUCGAAAACAAUUUUGGAUUUCAAGCAGGUGGCCCCUAUAUUUUGGACAAUCCCUGGCAGGAUUCAAUGGGAUUUCAAAAUUUUAUGAAGGCGUUGUUCCCCACGCCACCAGAGGGUGCUGAGAGCAAGUUGACGGAUCGGGUUGAAGAGCGACGGUUUACGUACACUUAUUUGAUAGAGGCGUUGUUAUCAAGAGGCUCCGCGGUCAAAGAUCAACUACUAUUAGACCGUCAAAGAUGGCACGACUUCCUGAGUAUCAUCAAGGAACAUGUGAAUGAUGAUGAUGCGAAUGAAUCUUUUUAUCAGAGGCAUACUCUCUGCGAAUCAGCCCUCGAAGAUCUUCUAAACCACGUCGACAACCGUCCACGUCUCGGAGACCUUCUAAAAGUCUUCAAACGUCUAUGCCUCUCAAGAAGAGAAAGCAAACUGAGUAACCAAGUAUCUGAAGAAGAAUGGAGUCAAGGAUAUCGGAAAGUUCGUAAAGUUAUUCUAACACCCACCCGGAAGAUUUAUUUGGCACCGGAGCAAAUCAUGGCAAAUCGAGCGAUCCGCGGCGCGUGUCACGACGGAACCCGUAUCAUUCGAGCGACGCUUCGAGACGAUAACCUUCAGAAAAUGAGAUUCAAUCAGUUGGGAAAUUUGCAAGGGGAGAUUACACUUGGUCACCUGAGAGAUGGAUUCGGUAUCAUGGAACGCGCCUUCGGCUAUCUCGCUUCGUCAAACUCCCAGAUGCGAGAGGGCGGGGCGUAUUUCAUGGAGAGAUAUGAUGCGGAGCAGUUGGCGGAGUACAAAGAGGAACAUCCCGGAGAACCAGUACCCCACUCGUUUAAACCAAUGAUCAAAGAAUACUGGAACGUCCUCGGAAAAUUCGUAGACACUGGGAGUAUCCCCAAGGCCUUGGCGAGACUUGGGCAGUGCUUCACUCAAGCGAGACCUAUUGAUAACGUGUCGAUAUCCCCCACGGACUAUAAAAUGAUACCAGAUGUCAUUGGAGGGAAGAACACGGAAGGCAAACCGUAUAUGUACACAGAUGGUGUCGGAUGUAUUUCUGCAGGGCUCGCCGAGCAGAUCUUUGGGAGUCUAGGGAUCAAACACAUCCCCUGCGCCUUCCAGUUUCGAUUCCGCGGCUUCAAAGGGAUGUUGGCUAUCGAUCCUAAUAUCGAUCACACAGCGAACUACUGGGAGUCGCUAGGCUUACGGUAUCACAGAGUCAAAUGUCUCUUUCGAAAUAGUCAACUGAAAUUUGAGUCUUGUCAAGAAGAUGAGCAAAUCGAGAUGGUCAAAUGGUCCUGUCCGACACCAGUGACACUCAACAAGCCAUUCAUCAACAUUCUCGAUCAAGUAUCCGGUCUGCAAUCCCUGGAAUGUCAUAAACGAGUGAGUGGACGAGUUGAAGAGUUGCUAUCGAUGGAAAUGGAUAACUACUCGGCGGCCGUGGUGAAUGAGGAGAAAUGCCGGGAGGUGUUGGAGGGUAUGCCGAGGAGAAUUCAUUUCACGUCGAUGGAGAGGAAAAAUGGGUUCGUGCUCUCCACGGAGCCAUUCUUCCGAAGUCUUGUCAAGGCGUCUAUCGACUCGGCGAUGAGUCGACUUUUACGGAAACUUCAGAUUCCGAUACCUGGAAAUCUUGGAAGAUCGAUGUUCGGUAUUACGGAUGAGACUGGACAACUGCAGUAUGGACAAGUGUUUGUGAGGUACACGGAGAAUGUGAAUGACAAACACCCUUCGAGGCAUAAGAAGACGAUUACGUUGACAGGAAAAGUGCUAGUAACCAAGUUCCCGUCCCUCUGCGAAGGUGACGUCCGGAUGUACGAAGCCGUGGACAUCCCUGAACUCCACCAUCUUCAAGACGUCAUCGUGUUCCCCCAGACGGGUCCCCGUUCUCAACCCGACGAGAUGGCCGGUUCCGAUCUAGACGGCGAUGAGUACGCAUUGAUAUGGGACCCUCAACUGUUCUUCGAGAGGAAUCAGAAGGCAUUUGAAUACAGUUCGGAGAAACCCGACCAACAUUUCGCCGCCGAAGAAAUGGACGACGGUUUCCACUGGUUCUAUACGGAAUACGCGAAGCAAGAGGAUGUCGGCGUGACAUCAAUCAACCAUUUACACCAAUCCGAUCAGUUUGGUAUUAAUUCCGACGUGUGUCGAUCAAUAGCAAUCAAAAAUGGAAUGGCACUAGACUACGCGAAGUCAGGUGUCGCUCCGCCUCCUUUGACCAGUGUUUGGAGCUCUGAGGGACCGCCCGAAAGAUCGGAGAGACGACCGGAUUACGCGAACAAUCGAUAUAAUGGAAGUCCUUCUUAUCAAUCGUCACGUCUUCUAGGACAACUUUAUAGGGAGUUGAGAUGUGUGAAUGAUGUGUGUUCCGAGGACAGCAAACAAGUUCCAGUGGCUAUCGACCCACUGCUGACGUGGCAGGGGUGGGAGGAGUUUGUCGAUGGAGCGCACUUGCACAUGACGAGAUACAACGCAGAAGUUCGAUCGAUAAUGGACACGUACGGGGUGGCGACGGAGGCGGAGAUAUUUUCAGGGUGCUACCGAGAGAUACGGAAUAGACACUCGGAAAAAGAGCAAGAUGAUAUGAGCAUUUACAAUACGGAGAGUGUGAUAGAGACGCAGAUGACAAGGGUUUUUAGAAAGUAUCGAGAGCAGUUUUUCGAGGAAUUCGCUCCUGGAGACAAUGGUUAUAUGAGACUGACGGAAGUUGAGAAUCCAAGAAAUGAUGAAGAGGAGAAGGAUGUGUUGAGAAGGGUUUGCAGACAACCGACGGGUAGAAUGAUGGCCAAAGCGGUCGCCUAUUAUAGAGACUGUUAUACCGCCGCCCAAAACUCCGUAGACCGCCGACUCUCAUUUGCCUGGAUUGCAUACGACAUUCUAAACACCGUCAGAGGAAAGAAUCUAUUGAAUUCUUACGACAUGAUGCCAGUAACACGCCUCCCACAGUUUCAGGCAAUCUGCGAUCACAGAAAAACCUACAUAGACGAUGACAAGAAUACUCCCAAUAGCAAAACUAAACUUGGUGAAUUCAUCUCUCGACUCAUAUCCUCUGAAAAUCCAAUUGGCGAGCCUCUGGGAGAGCAAGAGAAACAAGCGAAAGAGAUAAUUAUGAUCUACGUUCGAAAAUAUUCAAAACUACACGAAUGUCUGUUUAUUAUUGAGCAAUGGGCAAGAGCAAAGGGAUUGUUGUCCGAUGCACCCCUCAAAUGGUAUCACCUCUCACUUCUUGUUAUUAUGGUGGCCACUAAUAAAUUGGGGUCAUUAAUUGAUGAUGAGAAUCCGACAGAUACCGAUACCGCGACGAUUAUCGAUUUUAUCAAACCUACCGAGUAUAUGAAUACAGUAACCCGAAAGCUGUCAGAAGGGGAUCUCGACCGUCUAACCCUCUCAUUCUUCCAUUAUCUGUCGACACGUGAAUUCCGACGUCUUCGGAUUCUGAAUUUCAGCACGAUCGGGCUGAAAAGUGUAUUCAUGAGAGGAGAAUGGAUGGGCUAUCAUACGGCGGCCACUCAGACAUAUUUCAAUAUUCUUCUGAAUCUGAGAAUCGAUGAACUUCCGAUUUCAACGGAGAGUUGUGUGGAGAGACGCAGUGAUAUCAGAGAGGGCGAUCCGUUUAUUCUCGAAUUACCAUAUGGAUUCGAUAGAGACAUUUUGCUGCAAAAAUUGAGAGAAAACUCGAAAUGUGUGGAGAUUCAGGGAAGAGUGGACGGGAAGCGCACUGAAGACAUUGAACGCAUCGUCAUCUCCUGCCGUGGAACAAUCGAGGCAAUCAAUGAACUUCGGGAUUUUGCUAUUAUUAAGCUCCCCCGCCACCAAUGGCAGCAGAACGAAUCGAUGUCAAAGGCACUCGCCCAUAUCGUGUAUCACAAGAUAAUGGGAAAGAAAUUUGUGGACAAAAAACCAAAAAAUAAUCAACAUCCUCAAUGGAGCGCAAAUUCUCGAGGUCCUCAACGUCAAUACUCGGCGCCCACUCAAAUCGGUCGUCGUCCACGUGGAGUACACCGCGGUCAGAGAUUUUAUUCAAAUCUGUAG